UUUGUGAAUUUUAUUUGAGAAUUACGUGAAAAAUACAGAAAAAGUGCUGAAAAGUCUGUGAAAUAAAUUUUAAAAAUUAAAGACCACAUCGCAGAUUAGAUAUCUGAUAAAAAAAAGCCCGCAUAAUCUGCAAUCUAAACAAGACAAAAUUAUCAGAUAAGUAUAAGCAUAAAGUCACAAAAUACAAAAUAAUUAAAAUGAACGGAAGCAUCAUGCCAACUGAAAAUAACUCAAAGAAUUCGAAUGCUGAUGAAGAUCUGAAAACCUAUACGCCGCUGAGUCAUCCGCACGGAAAUGCUGAAAACAUUUUGAGAUUCGUAAACAACAACAAAAUUUCGGUUAACAAUGAACAACUUCAGAAGCUAUUUAAUCAUCCCGAAGUUAGAGAUCGGAAAAUUGUUGUAUUUUCGAUUAUUGGUGCUUAUAGGAAAGGCAAAAGCUUCUUUUUGGAUUACUGCUUGCGGUUCUUAUAUGCUCAUUAUCAAUCAGUCAACAACCCAAAUAAUCCACUCACAGACCCAUCAAAUUGGAUAGGACCAGAAAAUGAACAACUAAAAGGAUUUUCAUGGCGUUCAGGUCCAGCGUGUGAAACUAAAGGCAUUGUCAUGUGGAAUGAUGUAUUUCUGCAUACGUCCGAAAUUAGUGAUGAAAAAUUUGCAAUUGUCGUGAUGGACACUCAAGGUCUUUUUGACAAUGAAACAUCACCGACGGAAAAUUCGAGGAUUUUUGCUCUUGGAACUUUAAUUUCAUCAGUUCAGGUUUUGAAUUUGACGGGUGUUGUGCAGGAGGAUCAGCUACAGUAUUUACAAUUUGCCACCGAGUUUGCAAGGUUGUCAGCUGCUGUGGGGUCAAAUAUGAAACCAUUUCAGAAUUUGAUGUUCCUUAUUAGAGAUUGGGUUUAUCCAGAUCAUCAUGACUUUGGUAUAAAAGGUGGCGAAGAAUACCUUCAAACAUUUUUGGAAAUAAAAAAAGAUCAAAAGCCAGAAUUGCGCUCUGUUCGAAAGUUCAUUCACAACUCUUUUGAGAAUAUAGGCUGUGCUUUACUUCCUCAUCCAGGCUCAACAGUUGCUGGCGGUAAGCGUCAGAGCAGGAAAUAUGAUGGCAAUUGGGGUGAAAUGGAUGAAGAAUUCAAAAAAGAAAUUGAGAAGCUCAUUGAUCAUCUCCUUAAGCCAGACAAUUUAAUCCCAAAAAGGAUGAACGGAAAGGAUCUCACUAGUUCCGAAUUCUUAGCCUACAUCGAUCAAUAUUUCAAACUGUUUCAAUCAAAUUUAUUGCCAGAAGCUCAAUCAAUUUACGAGACGACAGUUGAGCAGCAAUUAAGCAUGUUAAUCAAUUCCUGCUUUGAUAAUUAUUUAAAAUCAAUUCAAGAUCAUGAAAGCAGCAUCAUCAGCACAAAUUAUGUCUCAAUAAUCCAUCAAAUGUGUAAACUUCACUGCCUGCUGUUUUUUAAAGACGCAAUGAAAAUGGGAAAUUCAGAGCACGAAAAGAAAUUCCGUAAAAAUCUAGAAAAUCGAAUAGACAAUUUCUACACAACAUGGGCUGAAAAGACGACUACAAAAGUGAGGAAUGACGAGGAAGAAAAAGAAAAAAGCCGCAAGGCUGCUAUCGAGAUGGAGAGACUCAAAUGUGAGGAACAAAAAUAUUUGCGACAAAAGGACGUUAAUGACCUUCGAAUAAAGAUUAAUGAGGAAGAGAUUAAGAGGAAGUUGGCAGAGAAGGAACGAGAUGCUGAGAAGACUAAAAGGCUGGAAGCUGAGGAACAUGUUGAGGCGAUUAAGGCUGAGAUGAGUGAGAAGGAUGAGGGAAGGCAGUUUAGAUUUUGUGGAUUUUGUUGAUAGGUUCUUUUAUGUGCAAAUCUGGAAGUGAAAUUUGUCAAAUAAAUUGAACUAAAAGUGACUAAAAUGGAGCAACAUUUAUGAGCCUUAAUUAGCCAGUCAUCCUAAAAUCUCAAUUAAGUUAAAACAAGCAGAAAAAACCUUACAACAUAUUUUCAAAGACAUAUCGUUCUUUAUUCACAUUUCUGAGUAAUCUUAUUUAAAUGCUAAUUGUAAUAAAUCUGCACAUUGAGCGCUUUGUA